CCUUGUUUUUAUUAUUAAGGCAAACAAGGCAAAGGAGGAUUCAAUCCCAGUUUCGUUUGAUUGCAUCGGCAGGGAAGGAAGGAACCCUAGCCUCCUCUCUCAAAACGAGGAUUGGGUGAUUGGAUUGGAGCAGAUGUCGUCGGAUCCUCGGAACCCUAACCCUCCUCCUCCUCCCGGUUCUUCGUCAUCUUCGCUUCCGGCGGGCCCCAGUUAUUUCCCGCUCCCUUUCCACCUGCAGCAGCAGCAGCAGCAGCCGGUGGCGACCUACCAGUACCAGCAGCUGCAGCAAGCACAUCAGCUCUUCCAGCGGGACGCUCAGACCAUCACCCCCGAGGCGCUCGAGAGCGUCAAGGCCGCCCUCGCCACCAGCGACGUCCUCGACCCCUCUGCUGCCAGGGCCACCGCCUCCUCCUCCGACCCUGCCGCCAAGAAGAAGACAAUCCCUCGUCGAGCAGCCGGACAGUCCUGGGAGGAUCCCACCCUCACCGAGUGGCCCGAGAAUGACUACAGGUUGUUUUGCGGAGAUCUAGGUAACGAAGUUAAUGACGAUGUUCUCUCAAAAGCCUUUUCACGGUUCCCCUCCUUCAAUAUGGCAAAGGUUGUUAGAGAUAAGAGGACUGGCAAAACAAAAGGUUAUGGAUUCGUCAGUUUUUCAAACCCUACAGACCUCGCUGCAGCAAUAAAAGAAAUGAAUGGAAAGUAUGUUGGGAAUCGCCCUAUUAAAUUGCGUAAGAGCAAUUGGAAGGAGAGGACAGAUGUCGAGGCUCUACAAAGACAAAAGAAUCAUAUUCAGAAGAAACCUAAAACACAAAAGAAGGGUAUUCUUCACAAGUAAAGCUCUAUUGGGUUGUACCGGGUGAGCCCUGUAGAACAAGACUUGCUCCUUUGGAUGAAGGACAUCUGAAAGAUACAUGGGCUGUUCAGUCUUACAGCACCGGUCGAUGUGCGCAAGGAUGAUAAUAUACCUAUUGAAUUGUAACGCUUAGUAAGCAAUGUUCUGUUCUAUCUGGGUGACAAGCAUAUUUUUACAUUUGCAAGAGUUACAAUGAGUGUUUCUUGUAUUAAUAAUCAGCUUUGUUUUGGUGUAACGAUGUCACUGUAUUGCAACAUAGAGAUGUUAUUUUUAGGCAAUGUUCUGUUCUAUCUGGGUGACAAGCAUAUACAAAUUCAAACCUUUGACCAAUCAAAUAAAUGUGGAAUAUGAGAUUUAUUUGA